AUGGCGACACUACCACUUCUUAGGGGCAAAAGCAUCUCGCUAGAGGAUGCACUGGCAGAUGACGAUAAUAUUCUACAUCGCUUAGACUAUCCACAAAAGCAGCAGGAUUUCUGGUCAUAUCUAGUUUCCAUUAGGGCCGACAUCGAAGCUACGGUUGCCUUCCACCUUUCUGCAAGAUACUGCCGGGUAGAUGAGGAAAGCAACUGGAUGUUUGGCAGCUAUAACGUUUGUAUUCCGGUGUGGAUCAACCCCCCAUCUGAUAAGCGCGUUCUGGUUCGAAUACCGUUGCCUUACAAGAUCGGUGAAGAGACUAAGCCUGGAAAUGUGGAUGAAAAGCUGCGAUGUGAGACCGCGACUUAUAUUUGGAUUCGUCAGAAUUGUCCCAGUGUACCUAUUCCUCUACUUCACGGAUUUGCCUUCCCUGAUGGACAAACUGUAGGGUACAUGAUUAUCAGCUACAUUGAAAGUGGUCGAAUGCUCUCCGAUUCAUGGGCGGUCAUGCUCCAAGAUACGGCACGGAGACAGACUCUCUUCAACGAUCUCGCAAAGAUCACACUGUCAUUGAACCGUAUUCAGUUGCCUCGAACCGGAUCAUUAACCAUGACAAACGAGGGAGUAAUAAGACUUACCAAUCGGCCGUUAACCUUACGUCUGCAGACGUUUGAAAACGAGGGGAUUCCCACCAUCCCACGUGACUCAACCUACGAAUCCGUCGAACCAUAUCUCCUCGAUCUCUUACAGUGUCACGAUAACCGUAUUCACUAUCAGCCAAAUGCCAUCCAUGACGUGAAAGAUGGUCAAGAGCAAUUAGCUGCUCUAACGAUGAUGCGUGGACUUUUGCCUCGGUUCGUCUCUCGUCAGCACCGCCGUGGUCCCUUUUUAUUGACCCUCACCGACCUUCACCCGAGUAAUAUCUUUGUUGAUGAAGAGUGGCAUAUAACAUCUCUUAUUGACCUUGAAUGGGCGUGUGCCUUCCCCAUCGAACUACAAACCCCACCUUACUGGCUUACUGGUCGGCCCAUUGAUGACAUCGAGCAUGGCGAGCACCUGCAGAUGUUUGAGAAGGUUGUCAUUGAGUAUAUCGAUGCUUUCAAGAAACAGGAGAUGAUUCAAAACUCGCCAAUCUCUUAUGCACAAGUCUUGAGGGAGUGCUGGAAUAGGGGAAGCUUUUGGUAUUUCCAAGCUGUGCAUAGCCCCAAGGGGCUGCUCCGGGUUUUCAACGAGCAUGUUCAAAGAAGAUUCUGUGAAGAACACUGCACACAAAGCAUAUUCGACCGCACAGUCAGUCCAUAUUGGUGUGUGGACGCUGGGAGCUUGAUAGAACAAAAGGUAAAGGAGGAAGAAGACUAUAGAGAUCGACUGAGAAAGCGAUUUGCAAGCUGAUCUGACAGUUACAAUGGAUCUUUAAUCGGC